AUUUGAUAAUGGGCCACUUGGUGAUUAUGUUGGUGGCGAAUGAGAGGCAUUUGGGGUCCAUGAGAUGACACUGUCCAUUGAACAAAUCAUGGGUUUCAUAAAUGGCUUAGCCUAUGAAGGAAUUGAGAGCAUCAAGUAUAUUUCAAGCGGUCGAGCCUCAUCUGUGCAACAAAAUGGUGUUUUUGGUGAACAAAAUGAAGAAGAUUUGGGUACCAUUUCUCAAGACCAUUUGGGCUUUCAAGAGAAUGUUAAUGCUAGUGAAGACAAUGUGUUUUUUGAUGAAUUGGAUGAUGAUUCAGAUGAAGGGGUACUUAGUCCUGUUGGUAGUGAUAAUGAUGGUGAAGAGAGGCAAUUAGUGUAUGCUCAAGCUAGAUCCUGUAUAAACUCAUUUGCAAAUGUCGAUGUUGAGCAACAAGAGGCUAAUCCAUCAAGGAUAUCUAAACUGCCAGUGAAGAGAAGGAAGAUCAACACAGAGCAACAACAACCUAGUGGUGAUGCUGGUCCUAAUUUUACUAGAAAACCCGAGAUAAAAAAGAAGGGACAUGACUUGACCCCUACAAUACUAAAAAGAGGCGAUCCUGUUAGAAAUGUAAGGGAAUUGCUAGUAGAUGAUUCUGAUGAUUGUGAAACUAGUAAAGACAUGGAUUAUUAUGACAGUGAUGACUGUAGGCAAUUGAGGGCAUUUUCAUCAUCUAAGGAGAAAGAGGAUGUGUUUUCUAUUGCUGUUGAUCCGCUAAGCAUGGGAGUUACAGACAUAUACUACAAUCCUAAUUGGGACAUUCCUUGGUUUGAGGAUGGAAAUGAACCAAUGUACCUUGUUGCAUGGGCUAUAGUAGAAGGAGAGAGCAUUGAUUUCUGGGAGUGGUUCUUUGAGGCCUUGAGAGAUGAUUUAGAGGUUGGUUCUAGUGAAAAUUUCACCAUUAUCUCAAAUCAGCACAAGGUUAGUUAAAGUUAUUGUUUUUCACAUUUUGUACUUUUAUUUGCAUUUGAUUGUUUGGCUUUAUGACUAAUCAACAUUAUUUUUUUUU